AUGGGAGGAAUGGGUGGAGGAGGAAUGGGAGGAAUAGGAGGAGGAGGGAUGGGGGGAAUGACAGGAGGAAUGGGUAGUGGAGGAAUAGGGUCCAGAGCCGGUGAGCCUUACCGCCUGGCGACUCACGAAGCUCCUACAUCUCCUAGACAUAUGCAGUCUAGCCAGGGCUCUGGAAUCGGGCAGGGUCCAGGGUCUGGUCAAGGGAUGGGUCAUGGUCCAGCUGGGUCUAGCAUGGGAGGCCAUGUAGGUCAAAGUCCCGGUCAGCACGCCUCUCGUCGAAACCUCCAAGUUGACUUCAGUGGAUCCGGUGGCUCCAGGACAGGUCGGUCUCCUUCUGUGUCUCCUGACCGUGGUGUGACACCCACCUCACCAUACUCAGUGCCACAGAUAGCACCCAUGCCGAGCAGCAAACUGUGCCCAGUGUGCACCACCACAGAGCUGUCCAACCCACCAGCUGUACCCAACUACAAUACCUGCACCCAGUGCAAGGCCACCGUCUGCAACCAGUGUGGAUUCAACCCCAACCCUCACCUCACUGAGGUCCAGGAGUGGCUGUGUCUGAAUUGUCAAAUGCAGAGAGCUCUUGGCAUUGAUAUGACCACGCCCCGUUCCAAGAGCCAACAGCAGAUUCACUCUCCGUCCCACCAAGCCAAGCCCAUUGUCCAGCCUCAGCAGCCUGCACCUCAGCCAACACAGCCGACAGCAGCAGCACAGCCGAAAUCUUUGGCACAGAGUCAGCCCACCCAGCGGCAGCAGCAGCAGCAGCCUCAGUCUCAGCCCUACAGCCAGACUCAACCCUACUCCCAGUCACAGCAGUAUCCCCAGUCCCAGCAACAGUCAUAUCCUUCAUCACAGCCAGGGUCCCAUACUCACACUUCCACUGGCUUACAGAGACAUCCAGGCCCUGGCGGCCCCCCGUCUCAGACAGGGCCCUCUCAGCAGGGCAUGAGAUCUGGCCAAUACCCCCAGACAGGUCCUGGAGCGCCAGGAACUAUUGGAGGUCCCACAGGAGGCCUUAGCCAGCCAGGGGGUCCUCGGAUUCCUCACCCUGGUGCAGUACCCCUCCCUGGUUUGACCAAGGCACCCUCCCAACCCGAUUUGGGUCGUGGUUCUCCAAUGCACCAGUCUAUGGCACGGCAUGACCAGACCAGAAGCGCUGGAUCCUCCCCAGCUCACAGACCUCAAAGUCAGGCCCCUCCUGCCCAGGAUGGCCUGACCAAACUAUUUGGCUUUGGGGCAUCGCUGCUCAAUCAGGCUAGUACCUUGAUCAAUGUUGACCCUCUACCUACCGCCUCCACCCAACCAAGCCCUGCAAGAGGCAAGGUGGUGUUCAGUAAUGCAACACCUGACAACAGGCAGCAACAACAAGGGACCACCAGCACUAAACCAUUCAGUAUGGGGGGUCCUCAUGCGCCAAGCCAAAUAAGUGGUCCUAAUGUGCUAAGUCAAAUGGGAGGUCCUUAUCCAUCAAGCCAAAUGGGGGGUCCUCAUGCACCAAGCCAAAUGGGAGGUCCUCAUGUCCCAAGUCAAAUGGGGGGUCCUAUGGGUGGACCCCAUAUGCCAACUCAGAAGCAACAGCAGCAGACCAUGCCCCAACAACAAGAACUGCAACAACAGCAGUCACCUGCUCAUCAACAAAAAGGACAGCAAGGACAAAAGCUACAGCCACAAGGACAACAGCAGAAAACACCUACUCAUCAGCAGAAAGUGCAGCAGAAGCACGAGCCUGUGGCAGCAGCACCUGUGGUUGCUCCAGAGCCUAUGAAACCCAAAGUGAACUGUCCUCUUUGUAAAACAGAGCUGAACAUCGGCAGCUCUGACCCACCUAACUACAAUUCCUGUACGCAGUGUCAGAGCCAAGUGUGUAACUUAUGUGGCUUCAACCCAACACCACAUCUGGUGGAGAAAAAAGAGUGGUUAUGUCUCAACUGCCAGACCCAGCGGCUGAUGUCUGGAGAGGGUCUUGAUGAGCCUCCGCUUCCCGUUCCUCAUCCGUCUCCCAAGCACCAACCCACGGGCUCACCCCGACACCAGACGCCACCCAGUCAGCAAAGUCCUCUUCACAAACCUACCACCCAACAGGGGUCCAAGCCAGGCCAGCCCCAGACGCAGACCCAGAAGCCACAGGCGGGAAGUGCCGGUAGCGGGCUGUUUGCGCCCUCAGCUGCCAAACAGCCAACUGAGACCAAGACCGCAGCACCAUCCACGGCACCAGUACCAACCGCAGAGACAGAGAAACAGCUGAAACCAACAGAGGAGAAGCUCAAGACUGAGCCCGAGACUCAAACUGCCAAAGAGUCCAAGCCCUCCCAGAAGAAAGGAGAGCAGAUCACACCAAUCAAGGAAAUUAAGAAGUCCAGGCACUAUGAUGAUACAAAAAACAACAGCACCCAUGACUUGUCACGCAGCCCUCAGAGUCUCAGUGACACUGGCUACUCCUCUGAUGGCAUCUCCAGCUCCCACAGUGAAAUCACAGGUCUUAUCCAAGAAGAAGAGAUGAAGCUGAGUGAGAGGGGAAUCAGUGGGCGGGGCUCCCCACCAAGCCCCUCUGAAAUCACCAAGCUGGAAAGCUCCAUGAGGCCAUUACUAGAGAAGAGCUUCUCUGAAGAGAAGGCAGACAGAAGGGGAAGGAAGCACAGAGACAGAGAUUUGGAUGACAGAGGGAAGCAGCGCCCACGUUCUCUGUCAAUCCCUCCAGAUGCAUAUGACUCUGAUGAGGAGCUAGAGGAUAUACUGGAGGAAGAAGAAGAUGGGGUCGACUGGGAGGGUAAGCGAAAGGAAGGGAAAGAGGAGAAGAAGGAGAAGAAAAAGAAAGAAAAGGAAGCUGAGCCCACAGAGAUGACUGAUGAGGAGUUCAUGAGGAGACAAAUAAUGGAGAUGAGUGCUGAUGAAGACAAUGAGGAGGAAGAAGAAGAGAUGGAGGAAGAUGAAGAUGAGGAAGAUGAAGGAUAUGGCUACCAAAAGCCCAAGAAAAGCCACCAUAAGCACAUCAUCUCUGACUCAGGGAAAGAAAAGAGACGCCUUCAGCACCACUCCAGCAGUUUUGAGGAGGAAACCAAGAGCUCUACUGAUGUUUAUAAAGGCUCAGUAGAAGAGGGUGAGGAAGAUGUGAUGGCAUCGCAAGGAGGACUGAGGCGCUUCAAAACCAUUGAACUCAAUAACACCAAUAGCUACAGCCGAGACAUUGAGCUGAGCAGUGAAAAUGACUUAAGCCUUGAUCGGGAACCGGAGCUUGAGAUGGAGAGCUUGACAGGAUCUCCUGAGGAGCGUUCUCGUGGUGACUACUCCUCUACUUUGCCACCCACUUCAUCCUCAUAUGGCUCAGGGCAGUCUCCUACUUCCAUCUCAUCCAUGGAGGAAGAUAGCGACAGUAGCCCCAGCAGGAGGCAAAGACUGGAAGAGGCUAAGCAGCAGAGGAAAGCACGCCACCGCUCUCAUGGCCCUCUCCUUCCAACCAUUGAAGAUUCUUCAGAAGAGGAUGAACUGAGAGAGGAAGAGGAACUUCUGAGAGAACAGGAAAAGAUGAGAGAAGUGGAGCAACAGAGAAUCAGAAGUACAGCACGAAAGACCAAGAGAGAUAAAGAGGAGCUGAGGGCUCAGAGGCGCAGAGAAAGGUCCAAGACACCACCUAGCAAUCUCUCGCCAAUUGAGGAUGCUUCUCCAACAGAAGAGCUAAGACAAGCAGCAGAAAUGGAAGAGCUUCAUCGUUCCUCUGCCUCUGAAUAUUCCCCUCAAAGUCUGGACUCAGAGGCUGAGGGAUAUGAAUCCAAACUUUACAAGUCAGGAAGUGAGUAUAAUUUGCCUACCUUCAUGUCGCUCUAUUCCCCAAUAGAGAAAACAACUACAACCACCACCACAGCACCAUCUUCAACUUCCAAACCUCUGAAGAGCGCUGAGGAGGUUUAUGAGGAGAUGAUGAGAAAGGCAGAGAUGCUUCAGAAACAGCAGAAACUACAGCAGCAACAGCAGCAACAUGGAAGACAUGGGCAGUACUAUGAGGAGGACAUAAAUGGGCAAAGCUAUGAUGAUGAGUAUGAAUAUGAGCAAGAUCAAACUGGAUAUGAUAAUGAGGCAGUGGAGACAGAAACCGAUAUUUAUGAGGAGAUCAGACAAACAUCUCAGAACAUUACCAAGAUGCAGCAGGCCACAGAUGAGCAAGUAGAGAUUGAAAUUGAGAGCUCUUACCCAGAUAAACAGCUCUUAGAUACAGGCUCAGCCUUUGCUAAACUACUAGAGCAAAGCAAUGCUUUGCUCACUCCAGGGACCAGCCCCACCCAGAUCUCAGCUCCUGUGUCCUUUGCUGAGACUGGAGGACGAAUCCCUGAUGUCAGAGUAACCCAGCACUAUUCUGCAAAGGAUGGACACAAAGACAGGCUCAAAACCCAAGCAGGAAAGAAUGGAAUAACUCCAACAGUGGCUGCCACCACCAUUGCAGCAUAUGGUGUUUAUGCCAGAGAUACAGUAACUAUUUCUCAGACUGGUUCAAGCCACACUGUUACAUCUACUCAGUCUGAUAUAGGUCGCAGACACACAGGUAGUACAUCAGCAUCCUCAGCUACAGUUUCAAGUGUAUGCAGCAAGAUUGCAGAGAUUACCCAGGCCUAUAGUCAAAGAGAAGUGAUCACCAGAAGGGUAGGGGAGACCAGGGGGAUCCAAGUGCGAGAUAGCUCAACAUCUUCUAUUGAGAGAAUUAUUGAGCCACGUUCUCCCAAGUAUACUACUUAUUACAGAAGCACCAGUCCUCCUCUUUCACCAUCGCCACCACCACCGCAGAGUCCCACUCGUUCUCCUUCAAGAAGGGCUACAGCGGAGUUCUCUACGCAGACUUUCAGUUCAGCAUUGCGAAUGGAGUCAGCAGGCUCUGGUCCUACUUCACCAGUGAUGGCUCAGGGAACCCAAACAUCACAUCGAUCAGUUUCCCCUAGGCUCUAUCGACAGCAAUCCUCUCAGGAUGCACCAUACUCCCCUCCUCCAAGCCCAGCUAGGCCAAUGACAGUCAAUACUGCAACUUCCCCGCUGUCUUCGCCUACCCGAUUUAGCCGUCAAUCAACAUUUGACACUUAUUCACCAUGUGGCAGCCCUCCAGAUACACCACCUUACCACCACUCUCCUACACGGAGCUUUUACCGUACACAAAGAGUGGAGAAGGUAAAUGUAGGAACGAGUAUGGUCACUACGGCUAGCAUAUACACCAGAGGUUCUGUUUCAAUGGAUAAUAUCUCCCUCUGUAGGAUAUCUACAGUCCCAGGGACUUCAAGGGUAGAGCAGGGCCAUAUGAUUCAUGGUGGAAGUGUUGUGGAUCUCAGAACAGUAACCAAACCAGCUCCAAUUAUCAUGACUGACCAAGGAAUGGAUCUCACCUCCUUAGCCACAGAAAGCAGGAAAUACCACGGUGGACCAGAGGGUAGCAGACAUUCAACGAUUGUACAGCCACUGAUUAUGAACUUGAACACACAGGAGACCACCACACCAACCACUGUGAGUGUCACCGUAGCUGCUUCAAUGUUCAUGACCCAGCCAAAACAGCCAACCGUUUAUGGUGAUCCACAUCAAAACCGAGUGGAUCUCGGACAAGGCAUGGGUUCGGCAGUUUGUCUGUCCCAGAACAAACCACCAGUUUCACCUCCAGCUGACCCAUCAAUACCAAAAAUUGAUGCCAAACUGGAAGACCUCAGCGUACAACAGAGAGAGCUACAAAAACAACAAGAGAAGUUGCAGAAACAACAAGAGCUCCUUGAACAACAGUUACAACAGCACCAUCAGAUGCAGCAACAGCAGCAACAGGCAUCUCUUUUGGCCAGGUACAACCUUAGUGGCCCAGUCUCACCUUUACUGAAAAAAGAUUUGCUAGUGAGUCAGACUAGUGCUUCUUCAGCUGUGGUCAGUGCUGUAUCACCAGUCAUUAACCCUGAGCUGUAUGGCACUGGUCCCAUUGAGCUCAAAGGGAAGCCCAGUCCUCCUGGUUUGAUGCCAGGAGGUAAAUCACCACAUAGUAUGGUUGUACAAGUGGAUGCAGGGCCAGAGCCAGCCAGGGCUGUGACUCAGCUUGUCAAGGUAGAAGAAGGACAGGAUGCUGUGGAUCUGACAGGAGGCCAAAUUAAGCCUGACAACCAACCCGCUUGCUGUGAUGUAGUUUAUCGACUUCCAUUUGGUGGAACUUGUGUUGGUGCUCCUGAGAAAGAAGGCAUAAGGCCUCCGUCUGCCCCACCUCUCACCUAUGAGUCUGACCAAGAAAGACAACCUGGAAGGUACCAUGAGUAUCCAAUGGAUGGGCGUAAGGCCUACACAUUACCUUUUCCUGGUAGGCUCCAGCCUUCAAUGUCUGAUACAAACCUUGCUGAUGCUGGGUUGCAGUCUUACCAUUCUAAACUGGAGCCACACCUCCAAGCUUCAGGAGAACUUGCCAUGGAUCUAACUGCUGUGAAACAGGGCUAUGGAGGAUAUAUUGGGAUGCAGUAUGGUUCCUAUACAGAUUUACGGCAUGGCGGAGAUAUUGCAGCCCAAACACUGCCUAUCAGAAGAUAUAAUUCCUUGUCUAACAUCAGUUCAGAUUAUGGCUAUUCUGCUCGUGACAUUGCUAGCUUUCAGGAAGCUAACUUGGCUCAGUACAGUGCAACAACUGCAAGGGAGAUUAGCCGGAUGUGUGCAGCACUCAAUUCCAUGGAUCGCUAUGGAAGCAACCCAGACUUGAUGCAGUUUGGCAGUUUAGGCAGAGGUACUGGGCCUGUGGCCUCCAGACUUGCAGCUGGUCUUGGCAUGAGGCAAAACCUUCUCUUUGGACUAGACGGGAAGCCAAUCUCUCACAGUCAAGCACUGACUAAUCUUAUCAAUGCCAGGCAGGCAAGUCUGAGAGCCAUGUACCCUGCUGCUAUUAGAUCCUCAGAUGGGAUGAUCUACUCAACUAUUCAGACCCCCAUUGCUUCUACACUUCCAAUCACAACCCAGCCUGCCUCUGUUCUUCGCCCACUACUAAGGGGAGUCUACAGGCCAUACCCCUCUGCCAACAUGACACCCGUGCCCCUGUCUAGUCUUAGCAGGCUACCAAUGAGCCCCAGAAUGUCGUUAUCUGGACAAGCUCCAGUCCGUUAUCCUGCACCAGGCCUUCUCCAAACAAUAUCAACUACUGACCCAACUGCUGCUGCCACAACAACUUCAGCACCAACAGGGGCCCUAGUGGCUGUUCCCAUGACAACUAGCUCAGCAGCCCAGGAUGAACCAGUUUACCUUGGCAAAGGUGCUACACUGACCUCCUCAUCAGCAGAGGCCACCUCAGUGCAAGGAACGGUUGUCAUACCAGCUGAGCCACAGCAGCAGCCAAUAAACCUGUCCCAGGCACACCUGAUCAGCCAACAACAACAACAGAAACAAAUGACAACUGCUCAGCAGCCACAACAACAUGCCCCUGCUGCCCAUGGUUACGCCCAACCUCCAGCAGUCCUGUCUGCCCCUGCUGCUGGCUUACCAAUUGCAGGUGGUCUUCCUCCCUUCCCUCCACCAGGUGCCAUACACAAAGAGGGUGAAACAGAGGCAGACAGACUGCACCGCCAGCAGGAGCAGCUCCUACAGAUGGAAAGGGAGCGUGUGGAGCUGGAGAAACUCCGGCAAUUGCGCCUGCAAGAAGAACUGGAAAGGGAAAGAUUAGAGCUGAAGUUGCACAGGGAGAAAGAGCAGAUCCUGGUGCAGAGAGAGUUACAGGAGCUGCAGAACAUCAAGGAACAGGUUCUGCAGCAGCAGCAGCACGAACGUGAGAAACAACUUGUUCUACAGCGGGAGCAGCUGGCCCAGCAGAAGUCCCAGCUAGAUCAGAUCCAGUCUUUACAGCAGCAGCUCCAGCAGCAGCUUGAAGAGCAGAAGAGACAGAAAACAGCUGCUGCAGCCCAGAGCAUGCAGCUGGAUGGACAGCCACUGCACCCCUACACAGACUCUCAUAUGGGCUCCCGUUCUCUGCCCAACUCCUCAUCAGAGAUGUGCUUGAGGAGUCAGGAGGAGCAAGUGGAGGCCAGGGCCAACAUAAGAAAGCACAGCUCCAUGAGCAGACUGACUAGGGACAGCUUGGAUGGAGAUGGUGUGGUGUUCUACGGCUCCCCCCGCAGGAUUGUGGAUAGUUGUGUGCAGACUGACGAUGAAGACGGAGAGGAGAGGUACAUGAUGCGUCACCGUACCAGGAGGCGUGGUCGCAGUGUUGACUGCUCUGUCCAGACAGACGAUGAUGAGGACAAAGCUGAGAUAGAGCAUCCGGUCCGCCGAAGACGCUCCCGUUUCUCAAGGCACUCGGAGUCCAGUGCAGCCAGCAGCAGCACUGCCGCUACAGCCACCUUAGCAACCGAUACCAAAACUGACACAACCAAGAUGGUUUCUGCCAACAUUGCCGUUCAGACAAUCAGGGAAAUGUCUUGCCAGACGGAAGUGGAGCACCUAGGAAGAGUCUCCCCAGCAAUCCAUGUGACAGUACCAGACCCUAAUAAAGUAGAGAUUGUGCACUAUAUCUCUGGACCAGAGCGAACCCAAAAAGGACAAUCUCUAGCUUGUCAGACUGAUCCAGAAGCCCAGUCACAGGGAGUUGUAGCUCCACAGCUAAGCGUACCAACCACAGUCAGUCCAUAUUCAUCUUCUGCCAGUACUGGAACACAACAGUCUGCCUCUGACCUUCUAGCCCAGCAGCGUCAGCAGCAGAUUGCAGCAAAUGCAGCCAAGUUUGAGCGCCGACGCCCUGACCCACUCGACAUCAAUUAUCAGCCUCACAACCAUCUCCACAAUGAGUCUAUCUCCAGCAUCAUCCGGCAGCAGCACACAGCCCCCAAAUCUCCACAAGUCCUCUACUCUCCUGUGUCUCCAGUGUCCCCUCACCGCCUCUUGGAGACUUCUCUGUCAAGUGAGCGACUGAACAAGGCCCACGUCACACCUCAGCAGAAGUCCUACACAGCCGAGUCUCCCCAGCGACACCCCUCUGUGCCCCGACCCAUCAAGAGCACUCAGAGGUCAAUGUCAGACCCCAAGCCCCUUAGCCCCACCACAGACGAGCAUACCAAGGCCAGGCUGUCCCUGUAUCAACAGCAAGCACUCCAGAGCCAGCUGGCAGCCCUACAGCAGAGCUCACUGCUCCGCAAGGUCAAGCGAACCCUGCCCAGCCCUCCUCCAGAUGAGACUGCUACAUCAGCUCACCUGCCCAUGAUGACACCAGCCCUCCAACAGGUCUACCUGCCCGCCGUGCCCAGCCUCAAGCCCAGCUCCAGGUCUGGCCUGGCUGCUAAAGCCAGCCUCCUCAAAGACCUCACCCACGAGCUCAAGGCUGUGGAGCAAGAGUCGACUAAGUUGAGAAAGCAGCAAGCUGAACUGGAGGAAGAAGAGAAAGAAAUUGAUGCUAAGCUGAGAUACCUUGAGCUGGGGAUCCACCAAAGGAAAGAGACACUGGUCAAGGAGAGGGAGAGAAGGGAUAUUGCCUACCUGAGGUGUAUGGGGGACACCAGGGACUAUAUGUCUGAUAGUGAGUUGAAUAACCUACGUUUAGCAGCUGCAGCUGCGUCACAUGAGAGUAAUGGGCUACUAACAACUAGACCAAGCACUGCCCCUCUCAGCCAGUUCACCAGUGACCUCAACACAGCAGCCCAAUACCCACCCACUUCAUCCUUCCUCUCUUGCCAGUACCCCCAAAGCCAACCAGCACCUCCAUCUCAACAACCAAGUGUGCCAUACCAGUCUUCAACAUUCAACCAGCCUCCCUACCCAACAGUGUCACAGUCACAGGCACUGCCACAACCCACGCCCCUUCAAAGCCAUGUUCCCCCUCCUGGACCUACCUAUCAGCCUCAAUCCUCAUAUCCUUCUCACACCUAUCCCCAAACUCAGCCCCCAUACCCCCAGACAGACAUGGGGUUACCAGCUGCACCUCAGCCUCAGCCUCAGCCAGGGCAUACAGGUUUUGGGCCAGCACCACCUGGUCAGCCACCAUACCCCACCCACAGCUCACCGUAUCCCAGCGCUGUAUCCUCCUACCCCAGCCAGACCACACCCUACCCUGGGCAGCCACAAGCUGAUAUCCUCACAGUUCAUCCAGGAAGACCUAGGCAAACUUCGCUGGCCGAUCUAGAGCACAAGAUGCCCACCAACUAUGAGACUAUUAGCAACCCCACUGUUGUGGUUACCACCACGGCUCAGGAUGCUACCUAUUCUAGUGCAGCCCCAUCCUAUGGUCAGUACACUGGAGCAACAACCAUGGCAAGCUCGUAUGGGCCCUAUGGGUCAGCUCCAGUGUCCAGUAGCUACGGUGGGUACUCAACAAUGCCCCCCAGUACAUAUGGCCAGUAUACUUCCACCACAGCUAGUUCAUAUGGCCAGUACACCACAACUACUGCUAGUUCUUAUGGCUACACCACCACCACAGCCAGCUCGUAUGGACAAUAUACUUCCACUGUUUCCAAUGCCUAUGGGCACUCAGUAGACAGUCCUUCCACCUACAGCACAGCAGAUGGGAUGUACGGGGCUCCUGGUUUAGAGCAAAACAUUCCGAGGAACUACAUGAUGAUAGAUGAUGUUAGCGAGCUGACGGCAAAAGAUGGGCUGGGCACGAUGACAGGGGACAUGAUGCAUCAUGGCAGCAGUGGGCGUUACCCGGGCGACAUCCACAGCCACAGCAGCACCGCUGGCACGACGCGUGGGGGAACUGGCAGCUCCCCUUAUGGCAGGGCACCCGAGGAGGAAGCAGCGAUGCAGGAAGAGCUGUACGACCACCAUGGCAGGGCCUACCAUCUGGGCCAAGAAGAAACUGACUGGUUUGAGAAGCCACGCUCCAGUUCUCGCCACUACGGUAGCAGCCACUCUGGGAGGAGCCGGCACAGUGUCAAACACACCUACCAUGAUUACGAUGAGCCUCCUGAGGAGGACCUGUGGCCCCAGGAUGAGUAUGGCCACGGAGGGCGACACUCAUCAUCUCGUGACCACAGACACCAUGGCAGUUCUAGCCGCCAUUCCUCCUCCUCACGUCAUUCAGAUGAGCCUAGAUCCUCAAGAUCAUCUAAGGGGCACCCCAAGGACCCAUCUAUGCGCCAUGAUCCUUCAGGAAGAGCUUCAUCUUCAGGCAGGCGUGUUGACUCAAGAUCUGGUGGGUACCACUCUUCAGACUACUCCCGCGACUCAUCUGGGCAUCAUCAUGGCCAGCGCUCCUCCAGACAGGGGGACCCACACAGGACUUCACGUAGCAAGUCCCAGGGUCCAGUGGACAUGCAGGGCCAGCCACCAGGUUCCUCAAGGUCUGGCAGUGGAUCUGCCAGGGCUCAGGGCUCUGCUGGUGGGCCUACGGGAUCAGGACGGCAAGGUGGUCCAGGUUCCCAGACAGAUGGGGCUCCAGGACAGAGGGCCCAGCUCCAACAGCAAGCCCAGACAUCAGCAACCAGACCGGGGCAGCCUGGUGCCACGACGACAACCGGCUCUCAGCAGCAGCCCCAAGCUCAAGGACAAGGCAUGGGAAUGGGAAUGGGAAUGGGAAUGGGAGUGGGAAUGGGAAUGGGAAUGGGACAGGGCCAGGCCAAACCAGGGCAGUUGGGACCAGCAGGUGGACCCAUGGGCCAGGCCAGGCAGACAGGUCCACCAGGAACCACAACAUCCACCAUUCCCAAGAUCGACACACCUCCGGCAACAGCUAUUGGAGCAAAAGCAGCACCUGUUCUGGCCUCAAAGACUGCCCAGCCCCCACUCACAGGCAUAGGCUCCAAAGCUGCUCCUAGACCCGGUGGUAUUGGCAGUGCUGCGGCAGGUCAGCCGGGCAUGGAAGGAGACAGCAUGUUGUCCAAGAUCCUGCCUGGAGGAGCAGCUGAACAGGCUGGCAAACUGGGAGAAGCUAUCUCUGGUUUUGGCAAGAAGUUCACCUCUUUCUUCUGAGGUGCUAAGAUUGAGGACUAUUAAAACAGCCAUGAGGCCUCGUACCAGAAAAACCUGUGAAGUUCCCCCUGCUUUUGUUUUACUAAAAAAGAGAGAGAAAGGAGAGAGAGAGAGAGAGCGGGGAACAGAGAGGAGAGCUGAGCAAACUGCCAACAAGGACUGGAAUCCUCUGGAUGCUCCAUGUUACCAGCUUGAGCACACACUGGCAGAGAGAACUCGCUGCUCUCUCUGACAGCCCAGACAAUAAUUCCAGAUCCGAGCCAACAUCCAUCUUCCGAAGGAGUUUCCUCAUCCAUCCAGCUGCCCCAGCCAGAGAAUCAGACUUGAAUAUUGCAGAUCCCCGAAACCAACCUUUAGCAAUUGUAAACAACUCCACUCCUUCAAUACAAAAGAGCCACUGGGAGCUACAAAUGAACUCUACUUAUACCAGAGAUCUCUGCAGCUGAUGAAGACAUGUGGAACUAAUUGAGGGUCCUCCACAUAGAUUCAACACUUCCUUUUCCAGUGGAAGGAAAUACAGGGGUGAUGAAGUUUUAUUCUCAUGUGCUGAUGUUCAGUCCCACCAACAGCAUACAGGAAAUGGGAGCUUUACCACAGAGGUGGUAGCAUGCAGGAAUCCUUGGUUUCACCGUCCUUUGCUAAAACUAGGAAGAAUAUCAACCCGACUCGCCUCUCUCCUCUUUUCCGUCUCUUUUCAAAGUAAAGGAAGCGUGGGGGGAAAUGAAUUAACUCGCUGGAGAACUGCAGGUUUUUCUGGUACUAAAAGACUUCUUGUUGAUGCCACUCUGAAUGAAUAAGACAAUGAUGAUGAUGAUGUAGCCGACACAGGAGGAGCGCGUUGGCACGCGUUUCUUUCCACGGUUUGCUCUGUUUCUAUCUACAUUCCAGAUCGGAACUGUUCCCUCCUCCUCACCUCGCUGCAUCUCUUCCAAUGCAGAUCCUUCUUUCUUUCCAGUCCCCGUCAAACAAUCCACAACUUGCCAUGUCUUUAAAGAAAGGGGAUUUAAAAAAUAAAUAAAUGUAGGAAUUUGGAAUGCAUGGAACUUUAUAUCCAAGACCUUACACUGUUCAUCAUUAACAGAGGCCAUAGAGACACUGGGAAACACAGCUUAGCUUAACAAUAACAAAGAAGAGAGAUUACUGAAGCAACACACGAGAAUCUGGCCACGGGAGUAAGAGGAGCGUUUACUUUUAUUGUGUUUUGUUUUGUUUGUUUGUUUUGUUUUUGUUUGGUAUGCAGAAUGAAGCUGUAAGUGGUUGGAUUUUUUUUUUCCAGCCAUUGCAAAGCCAUUAAGACAAUAUUAGCCUGCAGUGCUUGUGGCAGUAGGGUACGUCCACAAAAUUUGGCUCUCAGACACUUCUCAUGUUGUUUUGGUGGUUGUCACUUUUGUUGUGUUCUUUGGAAAUUUUUAUUUCUACUUUAUUUUUGUUAUUUGCCCGGUUUUAUGUUGCAGGUUACCAGUAUCGCCUUAAUCAGUUUUAAAUGUUUUAUUUUCAAGUAAAAGCAGCAUACUUUUUUAUGACAUCCUGUAAACACAUCAUCUGUCACGUCCUUUUUGUUUACAUAGUGAUAUCAGCUGGAACACUGGCCACAGAGAGAUUAAUUUAUAUUUUUUUAAAUUAACAUUGUUUUGAUAAUUGUUUGUGAUAUUAUUUUUCAUUUCUUUAUUUUGUAAUGUUUUGUUACCUUCAUCAAGCCCCCCUGUAAUUUUUUUUUUAACUCUUAUUUAUUGUCAGUAAUUAUAAAAGCAAUAGAGUAAGCGGUGAUGAAGUAAAGAGCACAAUCAUGUGUCGUUUUAAAAGUUGGUGGAAUAGAAAUGUGUUGCCUCCGUCUGUCUAACUUACCACCGAUGUCUGACUUAAAAAGUACCACAAAAUGAACUCUCGCACUGCUGUGGCAGAGAGCAGGAGUUCGCCUAAUAACCACAAGCCCGCCCAGAUCUUUUUUCCUCCAACCGAGAGUCCCUGGAUUGGAGUGUUACACUGCUACAUAAGCCAGCUGGAGUCCGAUCUAAAAGCACUGCAGGGCAGCGCAGAGGCACUGAAAAGCAGACCAUUCACACACUGAGGCAGAACUGAACUUGACAUCAUUUCCUGGGCGGGGGGGUGUUUGCGUGAGGGUGAUUCUUCCGGCCCUGCAACAUGGACGUUUAUUAGAGAGGCUGGGGAAAAAAAAAAAGCUCAGCCGAGCGCUUCACACAGUUUUUGUCAGCAUGCGCCUUCACUCUGUCAAAUGUGCACAGCGCACAUGAAAGCACACUGUAAAUGGUGUCAAAAAGGAACAAAAAAAAAACAAAACAAAACAGCGCUCAUGUGACUGAAGAACCAAAAGUAACACACUUGUGUCAC